UCCCAGGCCCCAGUAUGUUUGUAAUGAUUGUAGAUAUGGCGCUUACGGCUGUGUCCUAUGGGUUGCAUAUUUAUAUCACAAUUCUUCUUGUUUUCUCGGGCAUAUUGAUGUUUAUCCUCUACCGUUUGCUUCGUUUUCCUCGUCCUACACCUUACACAGUGAAAUGUUUUCUUCGACGCGGCGCUCCGACGAGAAAUUCGCCGAUAAUCCUAGGUCACAGAGGCUGUGGAAUAGAGGCACCAGAAAACACGAUGGCGGCAUUUAAAUUAGCCAAGGAAAAUGGGGCAUUGGGUGUCGAGUUUGACUUGGACUUCACUAAAGAUGGCGUGCCGGUAAUAAUUCAUGAUUCAACUGUGGACCGCACAACAGAUGGACAUGGAAAAGUCUGUGACUUCACUUACGAGCAGAUCAGGCGGCUAAACGCCUCUGCAAAACAUCCACUUGGGGAGAGGUUUCCAAAUGAGCGCAUCCCUUGCCUUGAAGAGGUGGUUGAUCUCUGCAUCAGCCUUGGUUUGCAGAUGUACAUAGAUGUCAAAGCAGCAACACAAUCUGGGAGAGCGGCAGAGGUUCUCAAGGAGUUAUUUACUAGACAUCAGCUAUAUGAUAAAGCCAUGGUUUGCUCAUUCUAUCCAAAUGUAAUUUUCCAGGUACGACGAGCUGAUCCAAAUAUUCUAACUGCCCUCACAUGGAGGAAAAUGUUUAUAGCCAAUGAAAGUUAUUCUGGUCCAUCAAGAUACAAAGAGUGGUGGAAACAGCUGUUAGCUCCUCUGUUGGACAGCAUAUGGGAACUGCAUCUUCACUCAUGGGUGUAUGACUUCUUAGGAGUUUCUGUAUUUCUUUCUCACACGGCUCAUUUUUCAAGAGACUACUUAAAAGAAUGGCAAGACAAGGGAGUGAGUGUAGUUCUGUGGACUGUCAACCAUUCUGCCGAGAAGGACUACUUUUCUGGAGUACUUAGGUGCCCCAUAAUGACAGAUUGUGUGAAAGGAGAUUCACAGCAAAACCCUCCUUAACUACCUGAUUCAUGUUUGUGUUGUCACUUAAAUGUAUUUUUACAAAGGUUAAGAAGUUAUAUUUUCAAGUAAGGUGAAAGCGGCAUUGACAAGAAUGGGUUAAAAAUAUUUUCAUGGUCAUAAGCAGUAAUUAUUUUUGCAUGCUCAGAAAGUGGGUCCUGUAUUAUGGUGUUGUGUCAUGCAUGCAUACAACAGCUGUUUGAGUUUAUGAUGAAAAGAUUAUUUCAAGAGGAUUAAUAAUGAUUGCGUGAAUUCAGGUGUUCUUGGUGUGGGUUGUAUUUAAAUGAGGUUAUUUAAUUUGUGAACUAUUAACAAAGGAUCACAUUUAUUUAUUGUUUCAUGAACCAGUAGCCCAUGGUAAUUCUGAGUUCUUAGGUGUUCAAACGAAGAGCACUACUGGUGCAUUGUACCAUACCAUAGUGUAGAAGAUCUAGUGGCCUCAUGGUUACUGAUUUGUACUCUGGGUUGAGUGUGCCAGCUUGUGUGCUGGCCAGGUCAUUGUGUUACUCUCAGACAACUUGGGAUAACAGUGUACGCCACGUUGGCCUGAAUGCACACUUUUUCUAAGUUCCAUACAUAAAACCAUAAUGUGGAAGUGAUUCAUUCAACUUCCUAGGAAUACCCUGUCACCUUUCCUUGCCAAUCAGAGAAAAUAGCUGCGGAAAGAGUCAUUGGCGAUCUUACAAAUCUCAUAAAGCUAUUUGACUUCUAACAUCCACUUCAUCCCACUAUUAUUUUUUGUGAUUUAUUUGGCCACGUGACAGGGUUAGGUUAAAAGCGUAGCGUUUGUUGACAGUGGUUCUUGAGGUAAUCUUUUUUACUUGUUGAAGUGGUUUUUCAUUCCACAACGUAGCAUGUCAAAACAUGUCUUCAUACUAGUGAAACCAAACCAAACAUUUCGUCAAUGUUAAGCAUGCAAGUAAUUUUAUGCUGAGCUUAACACUGGUAAUUUUGCAUUUUACUUGAAAUUGUGCUCUACUCUUCGAUAUUUAGUGAUAUUUAAGAACUAAAAUGUUUCUGGAAAUGGUACUUAAUAAAACAACUAAUAAUAUAAUUUUUUUCAGCUAAAUUAAAGCCAAUAUAAAAGUAAUGUUUUAAUAAAGAAAUGGUUAAGAUAA